UUAGCCUGGCGGAGGCCCAUAAGGGGAGCACCGCGCUCCCGGCGGCCGAGGAAAGCUGGUGAACUCAGAGCGGCCUCUGUUUGGGAGUAAGCUUGAAACACAGAUUCGCUAGGCAGCGCCAGGCCUGCUUGGCGGGGAGCCAGGCGGGACCGGGAGUCGGUAAUGUUUGGUCCCGCCGCGAUGCACGCUUUGCGCAGGAACAAGACCCUUCGCUACGGAGUCCCCAUGUUGAUGCUGAUUGUUGGAGGUUCUUUUGGUCUUCGUGAGUUUUCACAAAUCCGAUAUGAUGCUGUGAAGAUUAACAUUGAUCCUGAACUGGAAAAAAAACUGAAAAUGAAUGAAGUAUCACUGGAGUCAGAGUAUGAGAAAAUAAAGGAUUCUGCUUUUGAUGACUGGAAGAAUGUUCGAGGACCCAGGCCUUGGGAAGAUCCUGACCUCCUCCAAGGACGAAAUCCAGAAAUCGUUAAGACUAAGACAGCCUGAGUAUGCUGAUUCUGUUUUUUUUAAUUAAAUAUGUUAUCAAUUGGGCUUCCCACUAUAUGCUCAUAUAUAGUGCUAAGAAAAUUCCAGAACUGCAGAACUCUGUAUAUGAGUAAUUCAAUGGCAAAGCAAUCUUGAUAAAAAUCUGUAUACUUCCCAACUAUCCAUUUGCAAAUGAAGGUAACAGCAUUGGCAACAUAUGUUGUACACCUCUCAAUAAAAAUGUAGAUACUAUCA